UAGCUCUGUCAAUUCUCUAAGUGAGGGGAUGAAGCAUAUGUCUAGAGGGGAUCAAAGUCAAGAGCUAGUUAACGGGCGUGUAGUAGGGUGUUGCCGGAGUAGGAGGGGUUAAGAAAUGGGUGCAGCGGACCAUUUCCCUAACCCUGUGCUGGCCUCUUUCCUGCUAUUUCUCUGCCAGAGCAGGAGACAUGCCCUCCUUGCCCUCCUUGCCCUCCAGUCGGAGGCAGUAGGGUUUUCUGGGGGGCAAGCAUCCCUCAGUCCCUCUGCUUGGAGGAGAAGGAAUGUGGCUUGGCCUGCUGGUUAGGAUCAAGGAGGAGCUUUGGGGCUGGGCGGGGCAAGGGCAGGCUGAGGCUAGGGUUCCUACUGGCACUGUGCUCCCUGUUGCUGUACUGCAAAGUCCUGCCACCCACCUUCAGGCCGUGCAGCUAUGUUCUGGGUGCCCUGACCCAACGGAAGUCCAUGGGGCACCCCAGACUGGCAGCCCUGCUCCUGCCUCUCAGCCUGCUGCUCAUUGGCGUCUCUGCCUCUGCCGGGAUUGGCUGUCCCUGUCUGCCCCACUGGACUACCCGCCGUCUGCUGGUCUCCCACAUGGAUGACAGUUUCACUGAAAGAUCUGCCCAUAUUCCUUGCCAUACCCUGCCACAUACCCGGGCUGCUUGGCUCUGGUGCUGCCCCUGCUGUUUGUGCCUGCACCUGGUGUCAACUCCUUCAGACCUUCAACUGAGCUGGUUCCACCGCCUGGUGCAGAAAUCCAAAAAGUCUUACAUGUUCCAGUUCUGUAGGAGACACAGGAUGCCAGCAUCUGCUCAGAGGAAGCUUCUGACUCACUGUUGCCUGUCUGAAAAGGACCAUCAAAUUUCCGUCCCCUCCCCAGACAUCUCCCAAAAUGGGCUGCGCUUCAAAAGGACCCAACUUUCAGAUCCAGAGGCAGUGGAAGGUCUCCUGAGACAAGACUCACAAAGGCAUAAAGGGCCUGAGUUCUCCUUUGACUUGCUGCCCGAGGCACGGGCUAUUCGAGUGAGCAUUCCCUCAGACCCUGAGGUCAGCGUGCGUCUUUGUCACCAGUGGGCACUAGAGUGCGAAGAGCUGAGCAGUCCCUUUGAUGUCCAGAAAACCGUGUCUAGGGGCCACACUGUAGACCUGCCUUAUGAAUUCCUUCUGCCCUGUCUGUGCAUAGAGGCAUCCUACCUGCAAGAGGAUACAGUGAGGCGCAAAAAAUGUCCCUUCCAGAGCUGGCCUGAAGCCUAUGGCUCGGACUUUUGGAAGUCAGUGAACUUUACCGACUACAGCCAGCACAGUCAGAUGGUCAUGGUCCCAACACUCCGCUGCCCACUGAAGCUGGAAGCCUCCCUCUGCCAGAGGCAGGGCGGGAACACCCUCUGUGAAGACCUCCCCAAUGCCACAGCUCAAGAGUCAGAGGGGUGGUAUGUUUUGGAGAAGGUGGACUUGCACCCCCAGCUCUGUUUCAAGUUCUCUUUUGGAAACAGCAGCCACAUUGAAUGUCCCCAUCAGACUGCCCCAUCCUGGAAUGUGAGCAUGGACAUCCAGGCCCAGCAGCUGAUCCUUCACUUCUCCACAAGGACCCAUGCCACCUUCAGUGCUGCCUGGAGCCACCCAGACAUGGGGCGGGACAGCCUGCUGCCCCCUGUGUACAGCAUCAGCCAGACUCAGGGCUCAAGCCCAGUGACACUAGAGCUCAUCAUUCCCUUCCUGAGGCCAGGGGCCUGUGUUCUGGUGUGGAGGUCAGAUGUCCAGUUUGCCUGGAAGCACCUCUUGUGUCCAGAUGUCUCUAAUAGACACCUGGGACUAUUGAUCCUGGCACUGCUGGCCCUCACCACUCUAUUGGGAGUUGUUUUAGUUCUCAUCCUCCAGCGCCCACUGUCAGGCCCCGGCCAACCGCAUCCUGUGCUGCUUCUGCACGUGGCGGACUCAGAGGCGCAGCGGCGCCUGGUGGGAGCACUGGCUGAACUGCUGCGGGCCACGUUGGGCGGCGAGCGCGAUGUGAUCGUGGACCUGUGGGAGGGGACACGCGUGGCGCGUGUGGGCCCGCUGCCGUGGCUGUGGGCGGCGCGGGCGCAGGUGGUGCGGGAGCGGGGCACCGUGCUGCUGCUGUGGAGCAGCCCCAGGAGCGGAGCACCGGACUCGCUCCUGGCCCUUGCACACUUUGGCCAGGCUUCCCGCUGA